AUGCCAAGACUACUAUUAUUGUCAUUAUGCCUUGCCUUACUCUUUACCAUUGCUGUCCACACUAGCAAUGCUCAACAACUAGACGAAGAAGACGAUGAAAUUAUUGUGAGAAUACCAGAACCUCCCAAUCAUUUGAGCACCGAGAUUCCAAAGGACGAACAAGAACGUGCGGUGAUCUUUCGUGGGCUCAUGGAGACUGUCGAUAGUAUUUACUUUGGAGAAGAGCAUGAAGGAGUCUCUCGCAAAGAAAAGGAACAUUUGGUCUUGGCGGAACUCUUGAGGACCGUAAAGAUGGAUCCACUUUUGAUGGAUCAACGACCCUUGCAAGAAAAUUGGAUGGAAGACUUGCAUCGCAAAACACUGGCGCUGGCACCCUCCGAUGCCUUUUGGAAGGUUUAUCAAAGACAACCCAAUCAAGAACAGUUUGACAGCAUUGUCAAUUUGGACAAAUACGCCCAAGAGCGAUCCAAGGAUUUGGACGAUUUGCGUCGAUAUGCCUUUACCCCCCAUCGGGAUCGAGGAAUGGUCUCGAGCUUGUCAGUGAGCUUUUCGUCCAUGAUAUUGCAGACUCUUCAACAUUUUGGGGGAUAUUCGACUCCUACCAACGACGCCAUGACGGCUCUGGCUUCCAAGUACUCUCCUAUUGUGGAAGUGGGUGCCGGAAAUGGAUACUGGAGUGCCGCCUUGCAAUUGAAUGGAGCCGAUGUUGCGACAUACGAUUCGGAACCACCACGAAACUUGGAGGACGACCACAAUCCCAAUCUCUUUAGUCAUGUUGGCACCCCCUUUGUCAGUGUGGAACAAGGAACUUGCGUUGAAGUCUUGAAGGCACAUCCUGAAUACAGCGAACGAUCCCUCAUGAUGAUAUGGCCCAACAAUCCAGAUCAUUUGGACAAUCCCGAUCAGUUCCAUGAGGGUGCCGACAAGUUGCCCAUUUGGGAUGUGGAAUGUUUGGAGGCCUAUCUGGAAAUGGGUGGGUCCACUGUCAUUUAUGUGGGCGAACGAGAAGAACAAAUCUUGGUGAGACUGGAAUACUUUCCACCAGAUAUCGGUAUGAGCUCCUCCAAAAAGUUUCAAAGCAUGCUGAAAGAGCAGUUUGAUCGAGUGGAACGAUUCGAAUUGCCAACGUGGUGGGGAGUCGACGAUCUCACGGUAUGGAAACGAAAAACCAAUUCGGAGAAUCAGGAACAGGAACAGGAGCUGUAG